AUGGCCCUCACUGCAGAACACAAGAUCCAGGGGGCUGGGUUGGAUCUAGAUUCAACUCCUCCCACUUUAUAUGAUAUUACACAGCGCCUAGCUGAUCUGUUGACUGAUCUCCUUCUCAUUGAGUCCUCCAUCUACCUGCUGCUGGACGACAAACACAAAGUCAUUCUUGAAGCCUUCUGUCCUCCGCCGUUCACUUCGCCGGAUCAGGAGAGACUUCACAGACUGUGUCCAUUCCGUGCUCUUCAGACCUACGUCCACCGCACUAGCCAGUGGCAUAAACAAUAUUACUUAUGUUUUUCAAUAACAGACAGAGAAAUAGCUUUUUCAGCUGGACUGAGGGAAUCUGGCGAUGGAUAUAUUGGUCCUUUUACCACUGAAAUCACACUAACCUACAAGAACGUCUUCACAAACAUACGGAACGCCUACAACCCAAUUACAGGUGUUUUCACAGCCCCACUGAAAGGAGCGUACAUGUUCAGAAUCUCUGUAUUUGGUCAAGGCCCGACUUCAUCAGCUGCAGCCAUUUAUAAGAAUGGAGAGAAGGUGGUUAUGGCAUUUGCCCAUCAGGCUCAGAAUUGGUUCAACUCCUCAAAUGGAGUUGUGUUGAUCCUGGAGGUUGGAGAUGUUGUCUAUGUGAGACUGUACCCUAACACAAGGAUAUUUGAUAACGAGAAUAACUUCAAUACUUUCAGUGGUUUCCUACUGUUUCCCUUAAGAGAAGAUAAACUUAGCAAAAUGUGA